GGGGAGGUGACAGAGGCUGGAGCUGCUGGAGAUGCUGUUUUUCCCUUUCCAUGUUUUCCUCAUCAGGGGAGGGAGAGGCUGACAGGCACUCUGGUCCAGGGCUGAGAAGGGGGCUGCUCUUGGCUUUGGUGGCUUGGGAGCGGGAUCAGGUUUGACUCUGAGCCCUUGCUGCUGCCCUGGGAGACAAGCUUGAGGCUCCUCUUUCCUCCUGCCUGAGGGUGGGCAGCAAAUGGCUCCAUCUGCCCCGCUGUGUCUGCAGCUUGCACAGGCAGGGGCCCUCUGGUCUUUGACCUUGACACCCACUGCAGGCACCCACAUUUGUCGCAUCCUCUCCAGCUCCUCCGCCUCAGACGUGCGGAAGGGAGGACUGCUCCCCGCAGGCUCAGGAGGACGGUGUGAGUCGAUAGCUGACUCUCUUGUCCCAGACUGAGCACCUCGUGCUUCUGCGUGAUACGUGACCUCAUCCUUCUACGUCGUGGUCAGUCGUUUUGGCAGAGGCGCCCAGCCACGUGUGCUGCCAGCGCCCCUGGGUGUUACAGCUUGCAUCCUUCCUUGCCUGCUCCCUGUCCCCAGUGGGUGACUCCAGGGGAAAGCUGCAGCAGAAGGGGCAGGGGGAAGCGCUGUGCCUGCGGUGACAGUGACGUGGCGCCGGAGAGCAAGGAAGUGCCAGGGGUAAUGCCAUGGCCGCUGCGAGCUCCAGCAGGGCUAGGGCUGGGCCGCCCUGCGAGAAGUCCCAGCUCUCUGUGAAAGUCGUGUCCAUGAAGCCCAAGGUGCACAGCCGCCCAUCACGGAUGAACUGCUACGUGGAGGUGGCGGGUGACGGGCUGCCCAGCGAGACCAAGAAGACGGGGAAGCAGAAUGGGAGCUUUGAGCUGCUGUGGAACGAGAUUCUCAUCCUGAAUGUCACAGCUCAGAGCCACUUGGACCUGAAGGUUUGGAGCUGCCAUACCCUGAGGAACGAGCUGCUGGGCACCGCCUCCGUCAGCCUCGGCAACCUGCUGAAGAGUGGUGGGAAACUAGAGAACAGGCAGCUGACCCUGGACCUGCAGACGGAGAACAAAGGCAGCGUUGUCUCCGGUGGAGAGCUGACGAUUUUCCUGGACGGGCCUGCUGUUGAUCUGGGAAGCCUGCCUAAUGGCAGUGCCGUGACAGAGGGGUCCCAGGUGCCUGGACGGGACCCCAGCAGCAUGGCUGCAGCCACAGAGGGCAGACACCAGCCUCCCAGCACAAACUGCUUUGGAAGCAGACCAAGGACGCACCGACAUGCGGCUGGAGCGGCCAGGCAAAACACGGGGAGCGGAGAGCAAAGUCCCAGUGCCAGGAGCCGGCACCGGCAGCAGGGCAAGAGCACGCAGCACACCAGCAUGGCCAACGGCACAGUGAAUGGAGAUGCAGCGGGUGCUGUGGACAUCGAAGAGGAAAGGCCAGCAGCGGGAGCGACCGUACCGAGCGUGGCUGACAGCUCCGUCGCUCCUGCUCUGCCCAGCUCUGGAGAGGCAGAGGAGGCAGCCUCCGGCUCCAGCGCCCCACCGGCCCGGGCAGCGGUGCCAGCCCUGGAUGCUCUGCCCCCCGGGUGGGAACAGCGAGAGCUGCCUAAUGGUAGAGUCUACUAUGUAGACCAUAACAACAAGACCACCACGUGGGAGAGACCUCUUCCACCAGGGUGGGAGAAGCGUGUGGAUCCUCGAGGCAGGUAUUACUACGUGGACCACAACACCCGGACCACCACGUGGCAGCGCCCCACAGCCGAGUAUGUCAGGAACUAUGAGCAGUGGCAGUCCCAGCGAAACCAGCUCCAAGGAGCCAUGCAGCAGUUCAGCCAAAGAUUCCUGUACCAGUCGUCCGGCGCCCCGUCCGACAAUGAUCCUCUUGGUCCCCUUCCUCCCGGCUGGGAGAAGAGACAGGACAAUGGGCGAGUGUAUUACGUGAACCACAACACACGGACCACCCAGUGGGAAGACCCUCGCACGCAGGGGAUGAUCCAGGAGCCGCCGCUGCCGCCCGGCUGGGAGAUGAAGUACACGAACGAGGGCGUGCGCUACUUCGUGGACCACAACACUCGGACCACCACCUUCAAGGACCCGCGCCCCGGAUUCGAGUCUGGGAGCAAGCAGGGCGGCUCGCCGGGGGCAUACGACCGGAGCUUUCGCUGGAAGUACCACCAGUUCCGCUUCCUCUGCCACUCGAACGCGUUGCCCAGCCACGUGAAGAUCAGUGUUUCUCGACAGACGCUCUUUGAGGACUCCUUCCAGCAGAUCAUGAACAUGAAGCCGUACGACCUGCGGCGCCGCCUGUACAUCAUCAUGCGAGGAGAGGAGGGCCUGGACUAUGGCGGCAUCGCUAGGGAGUGGUUCUUCCUCCUGUCCCACGAGGUGCUCAACCCCAUGUACUGCCUCUUCGAGUACGCUGGCAAGAACAACUACUGCCUGCAGAUCAACGCUGCCUCCUCCAUCAACCCUGACCACCUCACCUACUUCCGCUUCAUCGGCCGCUUCAUCGCCAUGGCUCUGUAUCAUGGGAAGUUCAUCGAUACCGGCUUCACGCUGCCCUUCUACAAGCGCAUGCUGAACAAGCGGCCCACGCUGAAGGACCUGGAAUCCAUCGACCCCGAGUUUUACAACUCCAUCGUCUGGACCAAGGAGAACAGCCUGGAGGAGUGUGGCCUGGAGCUGUACUUCAUCCAGGACAUGGAGAUCCUGGGCAAGGUGACCACCCAUGAGCUGAAGGAGGGCGGCGAGAGCAUCCGGGUGACAGAGGAGAACAAGGAGGAGUACAUCAUGCUGCUGACGGACUGGAGGUUCACGCGGGGCGUGGAGGAGCAGACCAAGGCUUUCCUGGAUGGCUUCAAUGAGGUGGUGCCGCUGGAGUGGCUGCGGUACUUCGAUGAGAAGGAGCUGGAGCUGAUGCUGUGCGGCAUGCAGGAGAUCGACAUGAACGACUGGCAGAAGAACACCAUCUACCGGCACUACAACAAGAACAGCAAGCAGAUCCAGUGGUUCUGGCAGGUGGUGAAAGAGAUGGACAAUGAGAAGAGGAUCCGGCUGCUGCAGUUCGUGACGGGGACCUGCCGCCUGCCCGUCGGGGGGUUCGCGGAGCUCAUCGGCAGCAACGGGCCCCAGAAAUUCUGCAUCGAUAAAGUUGGCAAAGAGACGUGGCUGCCUCGGAGCCAUACAUGCUUUAACCGUCUGGAUCUCCCUCCCUACAAGAGCUACGAACAGCUGAAGGAGAAGCUGCUUUAUGCGAUUGAGGAGACAGAAGGAUUUGGACAGGAGUGACAGAGCUUUGGUGCUUUCCCCGGGCAGGAAGGGCCCUGGAGCGCUGCCGGCCGCGAGGUGCUGCCUGCCGGCGCCGCGGAGCCCAGGGCCGAGCGCUGCGCGCAGGAUGGCGCGCAGGCAGCUGCAGACACUGUUGCUCUUGUUCCUGUGCAAGAUCUGCUCUAACGCAGCCCGGGGGGAAUUGGGUCCACGUUUCCCUCCCCGAGCAAAUCCUAGGUGUGACGGGGAGGUGGACGCAAAAGCCUGGCUCUGCUCAGCUCGUGAGGGGCGUGGGCUGGUGCAGCGGGGACGGGGCGAAGCGCUGGGCCUUGGCAGGCGGCGCCUGGUGCACUGAGGCUCCCCGCUCCCCCCUCGCCGGCACAGUUAAGAGACCUGUUUUCGGCACAGGCUGUUUUUCCCCCUACUGUUUUCUGCCUUCUCAUGGCAUUUUAAUACAUGCAGGUGAGGAGGGGAAAUGGCUCUCGACCCAACUCUCGGGUCACUUUUGGGCCCUAUCCUGCACCCAGCAAAGGUAACGGGGAGCCCCCAGCCGAUGCUGUGGGGGCUGAUGUGCCACACAAGGGCUGGGACGGCCCCUUCCCGUGCCAGAGCUGCAGCUGCCUGGCCCCAGGGCCUGGCCAACCAUGUCCCGUUGCGCAUUGAGUCGCAAGCGUGCAGCCCCUGUGCUGUUGUAUUUAACAGGUAGGUGGUGUGUUGCUUGGCGUUGGUGCUCUGCAGCGGCCUCGGGGCCCUUGGUCACGCUCGGGGCACAUCUGGCCUUUGCUUGGUUCGUGGGUUCGGCCCAAACUCCCUGUGUUUCCUCUGUCGCUGGCCGGGGGCCCCCGCAGCUGAGGGUAAGGGCAGGAUCGGGCUUCUGCCCCUCGCCUGCGUGCCACCUCUGCUGCUGCCCCCCCGCGCGCACCGGGGCCAGGGACCCGUGCCAGCGUUGGUGUACAUAGCUGUACAUAAGGGAAUUGUGUGGGUACAAGACACUGCAAUAGCUUUCGACUGGUAACUGGAUAGUUUUGUACUGCACCAUCCUGCCUCAGCGACGCCAACUUCUUGUGCAAUAAACAAUAAGCAGCUGCCGA